AUGUCAGAGUUAUUUGAGUCCUGCGAAACAGAGUUUAAUAAAAUUGUUAACUAAAUUUAAAAAAUGUUAGCUAAUGUCCAAAAUCUUGAUUAGAAUAAAAAAGAUAAGACCAUGAUUGAUAUUAAAUAUGAACUAAACGAAGCUGACUUACAAAUUAAAUAGAUGGAAAUAGAAGUAAAUUCUUUACCAUAUCAAACGAAGCAAUAGUUAUAAUAAAAAAUCAAAAGGUAUAGAAAUGAAUGGGAUAGCUUAAAAAAAAAAUAAAUUAAAGUAGAAGAAUCUAUUAAUGACGAUAAGCGUAGGGAUUCUUUGAUGGACUAAAAAAUAGAGCUCUCAGAUGUUGAAUCUACUGGUAGAGAAAGAUUUAUUAAAACAGGAGCCAUGCUAAGCGACGGAACAAGUAAACUUAAAAAUGCUCUAGGAGUACUAUAUUAAGUAGAAGAUACCUCGAAUCAAAUUUCAGAAGCAAUUGUGGCUUAAAAUCAAAAGGUGGGAAAGAUGAUAUAAGAUAAUAAUGAUAUAAGUAGUAAUUUGAGUGAAUCUAAUAGACUUGCUGAUAGAAUAAAAAGUAAUAUCCGUAAAAACAAAGUAGUACUUUACAUAGUGAGUCUUAUUAUAAUUAUUGCUAUUGGUAUUAUAGUUUGGCUAAAAGUAUGA